AUGUCUGAUCCUCUCAGCCUCAUCUCCAGCAGGUGCUUCCAUCGCCGCGUCGUUCUCGACACAACAUAUGGCCCCCUCACCAUCACAUUCGCCGACAUAGGCUGCACCACAGGCAUCCCGCUGCUCUUUCUACCGGGUAUGUUCGGCUCGCGCUAUCUCAGCAUCCCUAUGCAUGUAAUCGCAGAGCGCGCUGGCGUGCGCCUGCUCGUAGUCGACCGGCCUGGAAUGGGCGCGUCGACUGAUGUACCACUCUCCCAGCGCAUCGCCGUCUGGGUCGAUAUGCUGCCACGCUUGCUGGCCCAUCUGGGUAUUCCGCGCGUCAGCCUUGUCUCGCACAGUGCCGGGACCAUUUACCUGCUUAAUACCUGGGCGCAUUGCCGCGAGAUUAUGAGCCCGGUCAUUACUUUCUUAGCUCCGUGGGUUGAUACCGCCCACUCGCGCGUUACAGCGAUGCAGAUAGCCCAGUACGUGCCCACCAAGGCAUUCGCAAUGUGGCACCUCAUCCCACGCUUCUUCGUAACGCAGGCUACCCCCGCGCUGGCGUCAAGCGGCGCUGUAGUCCGACGAAUGUCGUCACGGAGUAGCAGCGAAGAAGCGAAGGACCGCUCAUUCCUCGAUGCCAAUUGGCGGCGUGUCGAACGUGACUAUGGCGUGCCGCAUGCUGAACAGGCGGAGCUCGCUCGCCUCGCCCUCCGAUUUAUGUAUGAAGAGAACACCGUCGGUGCCAAUAGUGAGGCCUUGCAGUGUCUUCGGAAGGGAGAUGGUAGCUCCUGGGGAGAGUGCUCGGAUUAUGCUCACUGUGUGCAGACGCUGGCGGCCCAUGAACGGUCCGCGGGUGGGCGGGUCAGUGUCCGGACCUACUUUGCUGCCAAGGAUGCCUUGGUGGGCCGCCGGGGGCAAAAGUACUUUGAGGAGUGCUGGCGGGCACCGGGGUUGGAGGCUAUCGACUAUGUUUCUACGACGGUCGAUGGAACGGACCACGAUACUCUGGUGCAGUCGGUGGAGGUAUGGGAGGAGAUAUUCUCUUCGAUACAGUAG